AUUUCAAGUAUGUUCAGAUAUUAACCAUGAUCUACAAAAGUUUAGUAUCGUCAAUAAUUAAAUGUUUAACUCAGUUACUGGAUCAAGAUGAUUUAACUGCUAGUUCCCGUGAGAGUUUAGAAGUGUCGAUACAAUGUUUAGAAAGUGCAUAUGAUGUUCAAGCUUCGGAUGCGGCAUCAAAUUUUGAUAUAUUACAAAUUUUUAAAACAACACAGUUCAAAUCAAUAGAAGUUACAUCAGAAACUAACGCUGAAUCAAAAAUUGAAGCUGAAAUGCAUAAAAAUAAAGGCAACCAAUUAAUGGAAAUAGAAAAAUACCAUGAAGCUCUUACAAAUUAUACAAAGGCAAUUGAACUUGAUAGUAAAAAUGCAAUUUACUAUCAUAAUAGAGCUUUAGUAUAUAGUAAACUUGGAAAUCAUCAUCAAGCUAUAAGAGAUUGCCAUACAGCUAUAUCCAUUGAUCCAAAUUAUAGUAAAGCGUAUACUAGAUUAGGAUUGGCUUAUUCUAGUUUAAAUAAACAUAAAGAAGCAAAAGAAAUAUAUCUAAAGGCUUUAGAAUUGCAACCUGAUAAUGAAUAUAUAAAAAACAGCUUACGAAUUGUUGAAGAAAAACUUAGUGAACAGAUUAACGAACCUACAGAAAUUAGAAAUACAGGGUCAAAUAUUCUUAAUAUGGAUAUUAAUUCUUUAUGGACUAAUCCUGCUUUAACAAAUAUGGCUAGACAAAUGUUAUCAGAUUCCACAAUGCAAAACAUGAUGACUGGUUUAAUAAGUGGAAAUAUUGAUCAAGGUGCAAGUAUGGAUGCUCUGAUCGAAACAGGCCACCAACUUGCUCAACAAAUGUUAAGCACUAAUCCGGGAUUAAUUGAAUCUCUUCGACGUCAAGUGAAUAGAAAUCCAAGCAAUCCUGAAUCUACGGAAAAAAAGGAUUAGACAGUUAGUUAUGUAUAUUGACAUAUUUAAAAAAUUUCAAUGAAAUAAACAAAUAUAAAUCAAUAAAUUAAUUA